AUUUAUUUAUUUAUAAAAGCUUGGCUAUGCGGAUUUUGUGGACGUUUUCUAAAAAUCCAUUUCAAGUACUUUUUAUCAUACGAAGUCAUUAAUAUGAAAUUUACUACUGUAUUAGCAGGCACUCUGCUCUUUUUCUCAAUUAUUAUAAACAAGACAAAUGCAUCUUGUGAUGACUGCCUAACUGUAGCUCAGAACAUUCUCUAUUGUGAUUCAGCAAACGGCUCUGCCUGCGUUACUAACUCUAUUUCUAUUUCUGAUACCCCUCCUUCACCGCCUCUGUUAAUUGAUUGCUGUGAUAUUCAACAAUUACUUAUAGCGCAGUGUAUUAAUGAUUGCCAGGAUCCAAGUGCAGUAUCUUUAGUUACAUCUUAUUGUCCGUACAAACCUCCGUGUUAAAAAAUUUUCCAUCAAUUGGAGUGAUUCACAUCCUAGAGACAAGCUAAAUUAGAUAUUCUUAACAUUUAUUAUGUCUAUACUUCAAAUGAAUUAAUACAUAUA